AUGAACACAGAGGAGUUCCGGAAACGGCCUUUGGAAGAGGGCGACCAGACCGGACCGCCCGGCCCCGAGACCCUGGAAAUUCCCCAGACUUCGGCGUCCCCAGAAACGGCUUCUCAGCCUGAACCAAAAGACCAAGAUAUGGACGUUGAUGUGGCAAACGUGAAACCUGAAAUCAAGGAGGAGUCCCUUCCCGAGGAUAACGGCACUGUGGCCGCCGCCCCUAUGAAGGAAGAGCCCCCAACGCCCGCUACCAGUACUUCUGAACCCAACGGUACUGAAGCAGGCCCCGAAAACGGCACCAAACGCUUCAAGCUGGAUACACUUGUCGUGGUGCCCCACAAGACGCCACAGCUUUUCUACACGUUGCUCAAGACGGGGCUCGUCUACGACGUGAGAAUGAGGUACCACGCCAAGAUCUUCACAUCGUAUUUCGAGUACAUCGACCCUCAUCCCGAAGAUCCUCGUCGAAUCUACCGUAUUUACAAGAAGCUCGCAGAGGCAGGUCUUAUUCAGGACACGUCGCUUUCUGGCUCUGAGGAGCUUGGCCCGCUCAUGGAGAAAAUCCCCGUCAGAGAGGCCCGAGCCGAGGAGAUCUUGGAGGUGCAUUCCGCCGAACACUUGAAGUACAUCUCGCUGACAGAGCAGAUGACCAGAGACCAGCUUCUUGAGGAAACGGAAAAGGGCGAUUCCAUCUACGUCAAUAACGACUCGUACCUCCUGGCCAAACUCUCGUGUGGUGGCUCCAUCGAGGCAUGCAAGGCUGUGGUUGAAGGCAAGGUCAAGAACUCCUUGGCCAUUGUGCGCCCACCAGGCCAUCACGCCGAACCCGAUACUCCGGGCGGAUUCUGUCUCUUCAGUAACGUUGCAGUUGCGGCUAAAAACAUCUUGAAAUCGUACCCAGAAUCCGUGCGCCGAAUCGUCAUUCUCGACUGGGAUAUCCACCACGGUAACGGCACCCAAAAAGCUUUCUACAACGACCCUCGUGUCUUAUACAUUUCCCUCCAUCGUUACGAAAACGGUAAGUUCUACCCUGGCACAAAGUACGGUGGUUCCGAUAAAGUGGGAGAAGGCGAAGGUGAGGGCUACUCCGUGAACAUUCCUUGGAGUGGUCCAGGUGUGGGCGACGGAGACUACGUCUACGCUUUCCGCAGAAUCGUCAUGCCUAUAAUCAGUGAAUUCGAUCCUGACCUCACCAUUGUCAGUGCUGGAUUCGAUGCUGCCGACGGUGACUUGAUUGGUCAGUGUCACGUCAGCCCGGCUGGUUACGGUCAUAUGGCACAUAUGUUGAAGAGUGUUGCCAGAGGCAAACUUGCUGUUAUUUUAGAAGGUGGGUACAGUUUAGACUCAAUCAGUGAAAGUGCCUUGGGCGUGGCUAAAGUGCUUAUAGGCGAGCCUCCUGAAGCUACCAUUACCUCCCAGCCCCGUUUGGAGACACUUGAGGUUGUCAAUGAGGUCAUUAGAACACAAAGUAAGUACUGGAAGUGCAUGAAGCCUGGAAACUCGGCUCAUGUCUUUGAGGACGUCUACGACUUGUCCACCGACAACCUUCUUUCCUUUGCUGAACCCAUCAGAGCGUACCAAGCUCAACAACUUUUCUCCAACCACUCAUUUAUCAGUCUUCCUAUCAUCGACCAUCCAGAGUACAAGAUCUCCACAUUCAGCACUGAUCUCCCUCCCCACAUGGAAGACCUUGUUUUGGCAAGCCCUCAAGUGCAAAAGCACUCCACCAUCAUUGUCUCCAUCCAUGAUCCACCUGAGGUCUGGGCUAAUAUCAACCCUAUCAACGGAAACAUCGAGAGCAGCACAUCUGUGGUGCUUGAGCACCCAUUGACCCGUGUCAUGAAGAAAGUUCACUCUGAACUUUCAAAUGACGGUGGCUCACCAGACGAUGUUGGAUACAUCGACAUAAAUAUUCCUUCUUAUACUGAGGCUGUGGCUUCAUCCUCCUCGAAGGAGGGCUCGGUUGAGAAAACAUCUUCACCGGUGAAGAGCUCUAAUUAUAACCCAACGAUCUUCGCUCAAGAGCUUCUUCUUUGGGUGUGGGAUAACUACUUGACCUACUUCCCAGAACUCAAAAAGGUGGUUUUUGUUGGGUUUGGUGACUCAUACCAGUCCAUUGUCCAUCUUUAUGCUAAACGUCCAUCACAGGAGAUCAAGGACGUUGUCAAAGGUACAGUUGGUUUUGUCAGCCGAUCAAACCUCAAAGCCUUGGUGCCAGUUAUGGACGAAUCGAUGGUAGACUGGUACUACCAGAGUUCCGUUCUCUUCACAAGUUUCAAAAAUGCUUGUUGGGUCAGCGCCUCAGCCAACUCUAAAAAUGGCGAGGCUGAAGAUGUGGGAAAACGUCCAAGGAAAAAGUACGGCCGUGUUUUAAAAGCGUCUGUCGAUGGCUUGUGGGAUGUCAUCCACGAGAGGUUUGACGAAGGCGUCGAUUUCAUUCUUGACUCGAUCGAGGACUUCUCUGAAUCAGAGUCUAACUAG